AGAUGUAUUUCUUAACAAAUGAGAGGGGCUAAAGUACGCAUGUGGAUUCAAGCCUCUGUUUGUUUCCAUCAGUUUCCUGCCGUAAUCAGUUCUUUUGCUUCGCACAAGAAAACACACAACCUUGUGCGCUAUCGAUCAUUAAAAAGGUUUUUCUCUGUAAUCAAUCUGUUUGUGAUUAAUCAUGAGGAAGAGGGAAAGAGAGAACCCAUGCGGGGUUUGUGGGCAUUAUCACAAGUACGAAGAAGGGGAAGUUUGUGGGAUUUGUGGUCAUCGGAUCCCUGCUUCAUCAGAGAAAGUGGGAUUUCAAUCCAGUGCUUUCCCCUCGGAGAUUUUGCCGGAGUUUCUCUACUUGGGUAGCUACGAUAACGCAUCUCGAGCAGAGCUUCUCAAGACUCAAGGGAUCUCUCGUGUGCUCAAUACUGUACCUGCUUGUCAAAAUCUAUACAAGAACUCCUUCACUUACCACUGCCUUCCUGAUGGAAAAAAUUUACCAUUUGAUGAUGCAAUUCAAUUUUUAGAGCAAUGUGAAAAGGACAAGGCCCGUGUUCUAGUGCACUGCAUGUCAGGAAAAAAUAGGUCACCAGCUGUCGUAAUAGCAUACCUGAUGAAGUGCAAAGGAUGGAGACUUGCACAAAGCUAUCAAUGGGUGAAAGAGCGGAGGCCAUCCGUGGAAUUAACUUCAGCUGUCCACCAGCAGUUGCAGGAGUAUGAGCAGCAGAUCUAUGGACCGAUCGUAAGCAAUCCAGCAGCGGUCUUCCCAUUUCCAGAGACACAGCCUUUUGUCUUCAAUUUCCCUAAAGCUAAUGAUCCAGUUGGAUUCCCUGUUUUCAAUAUGCCUGCUGCAACCUCUCUUUUUGACCGUCCUGCUUUGAACAUUCCUCCUCAUGAGUUUACUUUUGGAGCUGGUCGGACUGAGAAGAAGAUGCUUGAUGUUUGUCUCACCCCUCCAAACGGGAGUGAUACAUUUAUGGAUGGCUCGUGAUUUCAAAUGGAGUUUCUGCAUCAGUGAAUUUUAGUCUGAAGUCAGAACCCUGAUGGAACAAGUUUAUAUCCGGAUUUUUGGGUAUGAAGUGCAGAAAAAAAAAAAAAAAAAAAGGCUCCUUAUGCUGGCAGAAUUGAAUCCUCCGCACACUGAGCAUGGUCCUUUGGAGUCAAAUGUUCUGAAAGGGUGGUAUCUCAUUCACUAAUUCCUUUAUUUAUAUGAGAUGACACUGAACGGGUUUUCGUGGGUUUUGAACUUUGGUAGUUUCUAUAGAGAAGAGAUUGCAUGAAAAGCAUUUUUUAUAGUUUUGUAUAUAAACCAUGAGUGAAGCGUGUCCUUCUACCACCAUCAGCAUUAGAACUGCAGGAACUUCUCAUCUGGUGUUUUGGUUGUCUUCAUGUGUGUGUGCUUUCUAUAAUUUCUGCAGCUUAGUUUAAUAAUGUAAAUAUUCUUUCUAAAUCA